CAACGGCCCGUUGACCAAGGUGAUGGCAGACGACGCCGACGCGUGGGCGGCCGACCGGCGCCAGUGCCAGCGGUACGCGUUCUUUAGCUGCGCGGCCGGCGCCGUCGCCUUGGCCUCUACGUAUGAGCGCUGCAUGAGCGCCACCUGCGGCAGCCUCGAGGCCAUUGUCGAGCUCGCGGUCAAGUCCAAGCCGAGCGUCCUAGCGCUCCUCAACGUGUACAUGCUGUGCCUCUACGCGGUCUUUCAUGCAGCCUCGCCGCUGGUCUUUGGCGCUGUUCGCCUCGCCGAGGUAGGCCGCGUGCGCGAGCACAUGCUGCAGUUCCUCGUCCUGCGCUGCAUCCUACUCCUCAACACGCUCGGAAGCGUCGGUUUCCACGCCAUGCUGCGCCUCGUGCUCUGGAUGUCGAUGCUCACGCUUCUACAUGCAACGCUAACGCUUCUGCGGCUGCGGCUGAGCUACGCGGGUUUGGCCGAUCGCGCCACCGGGACCAUCCUCGGCGUGACCCUCGGGCUGCUGCUCGGUCUUCUACUAGCGUCCUGGCAUGUGUUUGCCGCUGCGUCUUCGGUGCUGUGUCUGCUUACGUGCACCGAGGCACUCUUGGCACUGGUCAAAUGGGCGCACACGGCGCUGCUCGUGCUUGGCCCGCGCCUCGAGCGCGACCUGCUGCUGCUCAAGGCGCAGUUCAUACUGGACGUGACGCACCUCGUUGGUCUGCUCGCACAGUACAUGGGGGUGCUGUCCCUCGGUGGCUUUCGUGUCUCUUUUCUGGACUUUGUUCUGGUCAUGAACGUCAAGCGGACGCUGAGCAAGGCCCAAGGACGACUGGCCGAGUAUUAUGACUACGCGGCGAUUCUCUCGGAGCUUUCGACAGCGCUGCCCGACGUAAGCAUCAUGGACGAGCACGGCGAGCCGCAGGUUUGCGCCAUUUGUCUCGCUCCCUUAUGCGUGGCCAAGCAACUCGAGUGCGGCCACGUCUUCCACCUCGGAUGUCUACGGCAGUGCUUUCAGGAACAAAUGCGCCUCGACAAGCCAUGGCAGUGUGCGCUGUGCCGCAAGCUCGUGGCACGGGCCCACCGGACGCCGUGGCGGGCGCACCGAAGGCGGGACAUGGGCGACGAUGCCAGUAUUGCAUCCCUCUUUUCGUUUGCGAACGACGAUGGCGCGCCGGGAGCGACGUAG